AUGGGUGUAGGACGUCGCAUGAAGAAGCAGGGGCCUCCGCCCCCGCUCGAUGAAUCGAGAAUCACAAUGCUGAAGAAGCGCAAGGCCGCUGCAGCUGAAUCGACAGCUAAAACCGCUGAUCUUAAGAAGCGCCGGAGAGGUGCCGACGAAGAAGAGGUUGUCGCCAAGAAGGCCGCCCCUAAGAAGGCCAAGGUCAAUGGCGCUGCUGCUAAGGGCGCUGCAAAGGCUGAGCCGAAGAAGGAGACUUCCAGCAAGAAGAAGGCUGUCCCUGUCCCUAUGUCGGACUCGGAAGAUGAAGCUAUGGAAGGCAUGGAGGACGACGAAUUCGACGAUCUCGAUGGAGUCAGCGACGGAUCAUUGGAUAGCCAAGACGAUGUUGUGGGACUUUCCGACCUCGAGAACGAUGACGGUGCUGAAGAUGACUCUGUUAUGGACUCCGACGAAGAGAAUUACACCCGUAAAGCCAUGUUCUCCGACGACGAGGACAUGUCCGACGCCGAGGAGAGGCUGACCGCCGCCAACAUCGAAGGCCUUUCUCGGAAACUUGAUGCUCAGAAAGAGUUGGAGGAUGAGGAGGCCGCGCAGGAGUUGCAGGAUGCUGCCAUGCAGACCAACAUCGCUGGCGAUCGCCCCGAUGUCUUCAACGACCAGGCUCAGGCCGGACUCGCACCGGAUCUGCAGCUCCUCCGCCAGCGUAUUACCGAUACUAUCCGCAUUCUGGGUGACCUCAAGACUCUCGGCCAGGCCGACAAGUCCCGCGCCGACUACGUCGACCUCGUGCUCAACGAUAUCUGCACAUACUACGGCUACACCCGUUACCUCGCCGAGAAGCUGUGGAACCUGUUCACCCCCAUGGAGGCAUUUGCUUUCUUCGAGGCCAACGAGACCCCCCGCCCUGUCGUCAUCCGUACUAACACCCUGCGCACCAACCGUCGUUCUCUCGCCCAAGCCCUGAUCAACCGUGGUGUUGUUCUUGAGCCCGUUGGCAAGUGGUCCAAGGUUGGCUUGCAGGUCUUCGAGUCUCCCGUUCCCCUUGGUGCCACCCCUGAGUACCUCGCUGGUCACUACAUUCUCCAGGCCGCAUCUUCUUUCCUUCCCGUCAUGGCGCUCGCACCCCAGCCUAACGAGCGUGUUCUCGAUAUGGCCGCCGCCCCCGGUGGUAAGACUACAUACAUGUCUGCUUUAAUGCGCAACACUGGUUGUGUCAUCGCAAACGAUGCCAGCAAGCCCCGUGCUAAAGGUUUGAUUGGUAACAUUCACCGUCUUGGCUGCAAGAACACCAUUGUCACCAACCUUGACGGUCGUACCGGCUUCCCCAAAGCCAUUGGUGGCUUUGACCGUGUCCUGCUCGAUGCCCCUUGCACCGGUACCGGUGUCAUCUCUAAGGACGCCGGUGUUAAGACCUCCAAGAACGAGCGCGAUUUCCUGGCCAUCCCUCACAUGCAACGCCAGCUGCUGCUCGCCGCCAUCGAGUCUGUUGACCACAACUCCAAGACUGGUGGAUACAUCGUCUACUCUACUUGCAGUGUCACCGUCGAAGAGAACGAGGCUGUCGUGCAGUACAUCCUGCGCAAGUGCCCCAAUGUCAAGAUUGUCGACACUGGCCUGGGCGGCUUCGGUAGCCCCGGUUUCACCAGCUACAUGGGCAAGAAAUUCGAUGCUAAGAUGGCCCUUACCCGCCGUUACUUCCCUCACCGUGAGAACGUCGAUGGUUUCUAUGUCUGCAAGCUGAAGAAGACUGGUCCCACUCCCGUCACCAAGGCUGAUGGCACCACAUCCAAGGAUCGUCACCAGCACAAGCGUACCAGCUCCCAGGGUGCCUCAACCGAUGAUGACGAUGAGGUCAUCGACAAGACACCCAUCCGGGAUGAGGAGGGCGAAUUUGCUGAUCUCGAGGGUGGUGCUUUCGGUCCUUUCGAGGCUGAUGAUGAUUCGGAGCGUAUUGAGCGCGCCGAGCGUAACCGCCUCCGUCGCAAGGGUCUCAACCCCAAGGGUGUUCUCAACAAGCCCAAACGGGUCAAGGGAGAGUCCAAGCCCAAGGCCGCUGAGUCGACCGAGGAGCCCAAGGAGGAGGAGCAGAAGCCAGAGGCCAAGAAGUCCAAGUCUCCCAAGAAGACUGAGUCCGAGUCCGAGAAGAAGCCUGAGGCCGCUAAGAAGGCUGAAUCCAAGAAGACCGAGGCCAAGAAGGCCGAGUCUAAGAAGGCCGAGAAGUCUCCCAAGUCUCCUAAGGGCGAGAAUAAGCAAUCGGUUGUGCAGGGAAAGCUGAAGGAGAAGAAGCCCAAGAAGGCAUUUAAAUGA